CUCACUCGUCACGACAAAGUUGCCACCCGCGCGACAAUGACAUCCAACAAGCCUCCAGCGGCAGCUUCAGCGGCUCAGCGCUUCCCCCCAGACGUCCCGGGGCUUGUCAACGCUCUCGAGGCUCUCAAAGUCGCCAACCCAAAGGCGACGCGCUCAAAUGUCCACCUCUACCCCGCUGCCGUGUACGCCCCAGAAGGAAAGAGCAACGGCCAUGCACCCGCAGACCGUCACAUCACGAGCUGGAAGAUGACCGAGCACAUGUACUUUAACAAGGACAAUGGCUUCCCGACCCUCGCCCGUGGCCUGUUCGUCGAGCCGGUGACCAGCGCCGACCAGGUGCCGCCUGCAGCCCUCGAGUCGUAUGGCGGGGGCGAGAUCAAGCAGCGUAUCGUCGCCCGUGGGUACGACAAGUUCUUCAACACCAACGAGAUGGCCUGGACAAAUUGGGACGCGAUGGAGGAGCACUCGGUCGGGCCGUACCACCUGACCCUCAAGUCGAACGGCUGCCUCAUCCUCAUCUCAGCGCUCUCCCCCACCCACAUCGUCGUCGCCUCCAAGCACUCGCUGGGAACCACCACAGUCGAGACGGUCGUUGACAGGUUGAAAGACGUGUCCCUUGACGACAAGUCGGCAGCCACCUCGGAUCAGGAGAAGGACGUCGAUGACAAGGAGUCCAAGUCGCAUGCCGAGAUGGGCCGCCUUUGGGUCUCGCGCAGCCUCAAGGCCAAGGGCAAAUCGACGCAGGAGCUUGCCAAGCGCCUGUGGGACGACAAUGUGACUGCGGUUCUCGAGCUUUGCGACGAUUCGUUCGAGGAGCAUGUCAUUGCCACUCCCGAGCACUGGACCGGUCUGCAUCUCCACGGUCUCAACUACAACACGCCUCACUUUGCUACAAAGUCCCCUGACGACGUCAGCUCUUUCGCGCGCGACUUUGGCUUCAUUGAGACCAAGCACUUCUCGCUCGACUCGAUUGCCGAGGUCAAGAAGGUCACUGACAAGCUGGCCGAGACGGGGUCGUGGAAGGGCGAGAUGAUCGAGGGCUUUGUCGUUCGUAGCACCGUCAAAGAGGUCGAGGGAGACGUCGCUGGACGACCUCCAUACAACCCCGGAGCGCCAUUCUUCUUCAAGGUCAAGUUCGAGGAGCCUUACCUGCUGUACCGCCAGUGGCGCGAGGUCACCCGCACAUUGUUGUCCAUCCUGAAGCCGGGGACCACUCCAGCGAAAGAGGAGGAGGUUUGGAAGAAGGUUCGGUCAAGGAUCAAGCGUCCCGAGGUUGGCGUCUACGCCGAGUGGUGUAUGCGGAACAUCAAGGAGAACCCCAAGCUCUUCGACAACUACGAGCGCGGUGUUGUGCGUGUCCGUGAACGCUUCCUUGAGUGGAUCGAGAAGGACGGCAAGGCCACAUGGGAGGCGGCCAAGGAGGGCAAGUGGAGGCCGAGCUUGACCGUCCAGCUGGAGCGUAACAAGGCGGAGAGGGACGCCGAGCUCGAGGGCCUGCCCAAGAAGUGGAUCAUCGUGCCCAUUGCUGUUCCCGGCUCUGGCAAGACGACGAUUGGCGUUGCUCUCAGCAAGCUCUUCGGUUUUGCACACACCCAAAGCGACGACAUCUUGGCCAAGAACACAGCGCCGACGUUCAAGCGCAACAUUGUUGAGCUGCUGAAGAAGAACGACGUCGUAUUUGCGGACCGCAACAACCACAUCGACAAGCAUUACAACGAGAUCUACGGACUCCGGGACGAGAAGGGCUACGCCAAGAUUCUCAAGCCAUACAAUGUUCGCCUGGUCGGCCUGGUGUGGAACGUCGAUGCCAAGCCGUACCACCGACUGCUCCGCCUCUGCUCGGAGCGCGUGGUCAACCGUGGCGACAACCAUGCGACUCUGCGCCCUGACCUCACGGCGGACGCAGAGCACGAGGCGGUUGUCGGCAGCUUCCUCCACCGAUUCACGACCCCCGAUCCUCUGCUCUUCGACUCGCUCAUCACCAUUGACAUUGAGGACGACCAGCGAGCGGCGCUCGGUUCGGUCGUCAACGGCCUCGUCAAGGCUCUGGGCUUGACCGCUCCUUCAGAGAAGGCUAUCGACGAGGCUCUCGCGGCCGCGGGAGACUUCAAGACGGCAACCCCCUUCCACGGCGGCGCGCGUAUCGGCAAGGACGUCCGCUACUUUGGCCUUGCCCCCGAGGUCGACCUCAACUUUACCAUUGACGACGCGCUUGCGGCCGAUAUCCCAGCGGCAGCUGCCACAUCAGCCAAGAAGUUUGUUGCUUCACUUCGCGACAAGAGCAGGGUGACGCAGAAGCCACACAUCACCCUCUCCCACAACAAGAAUGUCGCGGCAGAGAAGGAGGCAGCGGCCGAGGGGUCCGCGCCCGGCCCGCAGGAGGUGGCAUGGACGACCUGCAAGGCUUUGGCGGAGGCCGGCAUCUCGCCGCUGUACGACUUUGACAUCACGCACCUGGUGUGGGACGACCGGGUGAUGGCACUGGUGGUGGGCAACCUGCAGCCUCAAAAGGGCGCAGACCGCGACGCUGGCGUCGCCGUUGUCCUGCCCCAGGAGGUGGAGGAGAACCUGCACAUCACUGUUGGGACGCAGAGCGAGGAGAUUUCCGCGUUCGAGUCGCGCGGCGUGGUGCGUGUGGCGCGCGAGGCGAUUGCCAAGGGCUCGCCGACGGGCGACGGUGGCGAGUCUGUCGAGGGCGGCGGCGCUGUGCACUGGGUCGCCGUGGGCCCAUUGAAGGGGUCUGGUCGCAUCCGGGGCAUGUACUAGGGUAGACGCACGUAGUAGACACACUGUAUUGUGCAUAGAGGUGGUCAAUGUAUGCAUAGGUGAGGC